GUAGUACCCAGGCAACCCAAUAUAUAAAGGUCCAGGGUAUUAUACUAUAACAAGAGAGACGGCAACAAAAAGAGAAAUGCCAAGACGAUGGUGACAAAAAGGGAAAAGGGCGCUACACCGGCUGGGGUAUUGCCUCGGUUUAGCUCAGGUCCAGUCCGGGGCCGCCCCCGCGUGGAGACGCAGAGUGCUUCCUCGGAUCACACGGUUGUUGUGGUGGCACCGUGGCUCUGGGGCUUUGGGUGACAAGAAACCGUGCAGGCAAAGGAGACGUGAGAAGCAUUCUUCGUUGGGACCAAUCUGCAUUAGGACACAAUUGACAUCGCCGAUCCGCAUAUUUUCCUCUCUCCUCUCCCGCACUCUCCCAGCUAGAGAGAGAGCUCUGCGCAGACGAGCACACACACGUAGAGAGGCGACCCUUCCAGUCCAAGCCGAGAUGCCAGCCAAGCAGAAGCAGCCGGUCUACGUGCUCGGCGUGGGCAUGACCAAGUUCAUCAAGCCGCGAGGCAAGGUCGACUACACCGAGCUCGGCUUCGAGGCCGGCGUGAAGGCCAUGCUCGACGCCCAGAUCACGUACGACGACGUCGAGCAGGGCAUCGCCUGCUACUGCUACGGCGACUCGACCUGCGGCCAGCGCGUCUUCUACCAGUUCGGCAUGACCCAGAUCCCCGUCUUCAACGUCAACAACAACUGCUCCACCGGCUCCACCGGCCUCGUCAUGGCCCGCAACGCCAUCGCCCACGGCGCCGCCGACUGCGUCCUCGUCGUCGGCUUCGAGAAGAUGAUGUCUGGCAGCCUCCAGAGCUUCUUCAAGGACCGCGAGAACCCCGUCGGCACCUCGGUCAAGAUAAUGGCCGAGACCCGCGGCUUCGCCAAGGCCCCUGGCGCCGCCCAGCUGUUCGGCAACGCGGGCCGCGAGUACAUGGAGAAAUACGGCGCCAAGCUCGAGGACUUCGCCGAGAUCGCGCGGAUCAACCACGAGCACUCGGUCAGGAACCCGUACUCGCAGUUCCAGGACGUGUACACGCUCGAGCAGAUCGCGCAGUCGCCCACCGUCCACUCGCCGCUGACCAAGCUGCAGUGCUGCCCGACGUCGGACGGCGGCGCGGCCGCCGUCCUCGUGUCGCAGGCCUUCCUCGACGCGCGGCCGCACCUGCGCGAGCAGGCCGUGCUGAUCGCGGGCCAGUGCCUCACGACGGACUCGCCGCAGCUCUUCUCGCGCAGCGCCAUCGACCUCGUCGGGUACGAGAUGACCCGGACGGCGGCGGAGCGGGCGCUGGCCGAGGCCGGCAUCGGGCCGCGCGACGUGCAGGUGGUCGAGCUGCACGACUGCUUCUCGGCCAACGAGAUGGUGACGCUGGACGCGCUCGGCCUGUGCGCGCCCGGCACGGCCCACGAGAUGGUGCGCCGCGGCGACAUCACGUACGGCGGCGACGGCCCCGUCGUCAACCCCUCGGGCGGCCUCAUCUCCAAGGGCCACCCGCUCGGCGCCACCGGCAUCGCCCAGUGCGCCGAGCUCGUCUGGCACCUCCGCGGCUGGGCCAACAACCGCGCCGUCCCGCAGACCCGCUACGCCCUCCAGCACAACCUCGGGCUCGGCGGCGCCGCCGUCGUCACCGCCUACUGCCGCCCCGACCGCAGCGUCGUCGCGCCCGAGGGCGGCCUCGACUCCGCCGAGGUCGGCCGCCGCAACGGCCUCGGCUACAACCCCGCCGUCGAGGCGAAGGGCUUCACCGCCGACCAGUGCCGCCGCGUGCUCAGCAAGAACGCCUUCUCCCCCUGGGCCGUCCAGGACACGCAGGAGAAGGUCCAGGCCAGAUUCUGAGAGAAGGAUGAGGUCGGGCCUGCUAUCUGUUCGGGGAUGACACCUGGGGGGAAGCAUGUAUAGUAGCGUAGCGUAGUAAGCUACUCUAUAUAUCCGCAACGUACUUAGGGGUAGCGUCGUCCGGGAGUACGCUUUUUUUCCCGCUCUUCUCUUACGAUUGGGCAUGUAUUGGAAAAAUACCUUUGGCAUUUCCGCGCUGGGUUGGGGGGCUUUUAAAGGCUUGUCUGCCCCGUUGUGUCAUCCACCUUGUUUAUCUUAUAUACACACACGCCUCUACUGAUCUACGCGGGAUGAUCCGAUCUGGUCCUUCUGGUGUGGCUUCUGAGGGAACGGCCCGUCACUUCAGAGUUCCUCUCAACGACCGAAGUUGUGCUGAGCCAUUCUUGCCCUCAUAUGCUCCACGCAAUAUGUCUUCCCGUACGCUCUUGCUUCUGUCUUGAACCGAUGUCGAAUUCGGCCUGCCGUACUAGUGAGAUUAGCUAUUUCCUCCUUCGCGAGGCUCUACUGGGCUCGGCCUGCCCUGAAACCAUAACAAUACGGCCGGCCGCGACGUCAAGUCGAGGCGGCAGUGUCGGCAAGUAUUAGGUAGUUAGAGGCCAAUCACCCUCUCUCGCUCCCCUCUCCCCCCCAUCUCAAGUCGUCUUGCGUGCCAUACUUCGUACUGUUCUUGAUUUCUUCCUGCUAAAGCAGCAGCUCU